AUGGGGGUUUUGUUGAGAGAAGUUUUGAGGCUGCUCUGCGGCGUCAAUCACUGGUCUUAUGCUGUGUUUUGGAAGAUUGGCAUCCAGAAUCCUAAAAUCUUUGCAAUUUUCUGCUUGGUAGCCGAGAAGAUAAGGUUGUUAAUAUGGGAAGAUUCGUACCACGACUCUGCAUCGUCUUCUUCUCACAAGCCUGUCUCUUCCUUUGGAGAAUGGGAAGGUUUCCGUGGUACUGAUGCCCAGUCCUCAAUGCUGGGGCUUCAAGCUGGGGGUAAUGGUGUGGAUUCGCUUGUAAACAAAAUGAUGAUGGAUAAUCAGGUUAUCAUAGUGGGAGAAGGAAUUGUGGGGCGAGCUGCAUUUACCGGCAACCAUGAUUGGAUUCUUUCUAACAAUUAUACAGGACACUCUCAUCCUCCGCAGGUUGUUAAUGAGAUUCGCCACCAGUUUUCUGCUGGAAUGCAGACUAUUGCAGUUAUUCCCAUAUGUCCCCAUGGUGUAGUGCAGCUUGGUUCUUCAUUGACGAUUUCAGAAAACUCGGGAUUUGUGAAUAAUGUAAAGAGUUUGAUCCUGGAACUAGGAUGCAUACCUGGAGCACUGCUGUCUGAUAACCAUGAAGAAAAAGACUUGACUGAAAGAAUUGGGAUACCUAUUUCUUUCAGACAGCCCAUUUCCCCACAUUUCUCGAAGGUCCCAACUCCCACUUCUUUGCUGACUGAAACUUUGAAGCUGCAAAACUUCAAAUCAUCGCACUCUUCAAAAGUUCCCUCUCUUCCCCAGAUUGGACAUUGCCAGGAUAAUCUAAAGUCUCCUGCUGCUUCCAUAAUUUGUGGGCCAAAUCUAACUGAUGGAGUAGCUCAAGUGAUUCCCCCAAUUCAUGAACCAUCGCUAAACCACCGCCGCACAUCAAAUUUCAGCUCCAUGACUGGAUUUCAUCAUCCUACCACUGGUCAUUCUGAUGCCAGCAACACUGUUUUAUCAUUACCGGAACAGCAGGUAGUGCUAGAAUCUUGUGGCCCCUCUCAUUUUGGAAAUACAAAGAAUGCAACUGACAGCUUUUCUAUGACGAGAAGAAAGGGGAAUGGAAAUCAUUUUUCUAUUGGAGUACAUGGGAAUGUACAAACUUCAACUCCUUGUUUGCCCACCGAUUCAUCAAAUAUGGGGAGGCUUGACUCAACAAGGGUGGUGGAUCAAACAAGUAAUGGUGGCAGUGGUAUGCUUGGAGAUGAUUCUAAUUGCAGAUUCAACUCAUCCACCAAUUUUAAUCAUGGUGACAUUACAUCACAAGCAACAAUGCAGAAGAUGGAUAGAGAUCUGUUUCAACCCUUGAACUUGCAGUCAAUCCAACUAACUGGGCAUCAAAGUGGAAGUCAAAGUACAAUUACAGUGAACAACGAAAUUACCAAUUCAUUUGCUGCUCUAUAUCCGUCUGGAGACGACUUGUAUGACAUCUUGGGGGUGGAUUUCAGAAACAAGCUAUUGGGUGGCAAGUGGAAUAAUGUGAUCACAGAUGGGUCUCAUCAAAAGUCUGAAACUAUGGUUGAAGAGAAGAAAGGUUCUGAUUUCUACAGCACUACCUUACCUGCAACGGGUACUAGUGACCAUCUUUUGGAAGCUGUGGUAUCUAGGGCCCACUCUAGCACGAAGCAGAACUCGGAUGACAGCAAUUCAAGUAGAACGACUGUGACCAAGGCAAGCAGUCCUUCUGUUCCUAGUGCGCAUCAUACGUAUGGCCUGGUUAGCGUGCCUGACCCGGUGAAAAGGGAAACUUUUGACCUUCCUGGAAGAGGUAGAACAACAACGGAUGACGUGGGAAGUUGUUCUCAGACGACUUCAUUUUAUGGAUCUCAGCUGAGUUCACUUGGUAGCCAUAAUGGGAGGCGGGACAAUAGUAUAUCAACAUCUGGAUUUCCCAAGAAGAAUGAAGAAUCAAGCAACAAACCUAACCGUAAGCGGCUGAAGCCUGGAGAAAAUCCUAGGCCUAGGCCCAAGGAUCGCCAAAUGAUCCAAGAUCGCGUGAAGGAGUUGCGUGACAUUGUACCAAAUGGAGGCAAGUGUAGCAUUGAUGCUCUUCUUGAACGCACCAUUAAGCAUAUGCUUUUCCUGCAAAGUGUUACCAAGCAUGCCGACAAGCUCAAGCAUACUGCGGAGUCAAAGUUUAUUAGAAAAGACGGCGGAGUACUCUUGAAGGAUAAUUUUGAGGGAGGGGCAACAUGGGCAUUUGAAGUUGGGUCGCAGUCUAUGGUGUGUCCUAUUGUUGUCGAGGAUUUGAAUCUUCCCCGUCAGAUGCUUAUUGAGAUGCUUUGUGAAGAGCGAGGUUUCUUUCUGGAAAUAGCUGAAAUGAUUAGAGGAAUGGGGCUGACAAUUUUGAAAGGUAUCAUGGAGGUUCGCAAUGAUAAGAUAUGGGCUCACUUUGUGGUGGAGGCAAACAGGGAUGUAACGAGGAUGGAAAUAUUCAUGUCACUUGUUCAUCACCUGCAGCAAACCAUAAAAGGCAGCAGCACAUUAUCAGCAAAUGCCGUGGAGAUCAGCAGCAAUAUGAUGGCUCAGCAGCAUGGUUUCACCCAGGCUGCUGCUUCCAUCCCUGCAACUGGUGGGCUGAUUAGUUUACAGUGAAGAAGAAACUGGCCCCCGCAAAAGUAGUUUUUCUGCAGUGCCGGGGAAUCGUUAAGAGCAAGCGCUGGUCUUCGCUUGCCAUGACUAGCAGGACUUCCGGUCCAAAGCUCUCUUGCUCUCUCUCUCGCGGCUGUGUACAUUUUGCUUGCUAACCUUCAUGGCAGAUGCCUAUAGGGAUCAAACUGCUGCAGCUGAUCGAUGACUCAAUCCUAUUAGCGAAGGACCAUGUUUUUGUGACUAUGUAGAAGUGAAGGAUGCAGAAUUUUGAUUUAAGAUUGUUGAUCUUCAUGGCUAAUCCUUCUGUAAGCUGGUUUGUUAGUAAGUGUGAGAAAUGUAUGACAUAGGGUGGUGGGGUUUAAUGAAGUGAAGUCAUGUUUGCCAGGGACUUGCCCUCUUUUCGUUCUCAUUGGUUUUCAUUGUAAGUUCUGUAUUAGGGAUGACCUGUGAGAUUCUUGCUGACCCACUGAAUCCUGGUUUCUUAAUCUGUUGAACUCUCAAUGUAGUAUGUAUGCUAGCAUGAUUGCAUUUGCCUGUUUGGCUUAGCUGAGGUGAUUAUCAGUGGGUCUUUGUGCAGUAAAAAGUGAGGUGAUAUGAGAAGAUGAACAAUGAGUCUCAUGUGAAAUCAGGGUAUCUAGCAAGAA